AUGACGACUAUGGAUUUGCGCGUCGGUAACAAGUACCGCAUCGGUCGUAAGAUCGGUAGUGGUAGUUUCGGUGAUAUUUACCUCGGUACCAACAUCAUCUCCGGUGAAGAGAUUGCCAUCAAGCUCGAGAACGUCAAGGCCAAGCACCCCCAGCUCGAAUAUGAGGCCCGCGUCUACAAGUCCCUCGCCGGUGGUGUCGGUAUUCCAUUCGUCCGCUGGUUCGGUACCGAAUGUGACUACAACGCCAUGGUUAUCGAUCUCCUCGGUCCCAGUCUGGAGGACCUUUUCAACUUCUGCAACCGCAAGUUCUCGCUGAAGACCGUCCUUCUCCUUGCCGACCAGCUCAUUUCUCGUAUCGAAUACAUCCACGCCAAGUCUUUCAUCCACCGCGAUAUCAAGCCCGACAACUUCCUGAUGGGUAUUGGCAAGCGUGGAAACCAGGUGAACGUCAUUGAUUUCGGUCUCGCAAAGAAGUACCGCGACCCCAAGACUCACUUCCACAUCCCUUACCGUGAGAACAAGAACCUUACUGGUACCGCCCGUUACGCCAGUAUCAACACUCACUUGGGUGUCGAGCAGUCUCGCCGUGAUGACAUGGAGUCUCUCGGCUACGUCAUGCUUUACUUCUGCCGUGGAUCUCUCCCCUGGCAGGGUCUGAAGGCUGCUACUAAGAAGCAGAAGUACGACCGUAUCAUGGAGAAGAAGAUGACCACCCCCACCGAGGUCCUGUGCCGUGGAUUCCCCAACGAGUUCGCUAUCUACCUCAACUACACUCGCUCGCUUCGCUUCGACGACAAGCCCGACUACUCCUACCUCCGCAAGAUCUUCCGUGAUCUCUUCGUUCGCGAGUCUUUCCAGUAUGACUACGUUUUUGACUGGACCGUCUACAAGUACCAGAAGAACGCGGCCAUGAUUGUGGACGCUAGCAAGAAGGACAAGGAUGCUGAGGAGCAGCAGCGCCGCCAGGGCGUUCCUCCUCCCGUGGGAGCCAGUGCCCCGAAGCCUGGAGCCAUCUCCGGCCAGCGUCGCAAGGUCAUCGAGCGCGGCACUCUCGACAACGCUCCGGACGCCAACCGUGCCGUGGGAGGUAGCGACAGGAUGCUGCGUUCUGCCUCGAAAGGUGCUGCUUUAGGUUAUGGACCUUCAGGUGGCCGUUCGAAGCGGGAUGAUGGAGCGGGAGCCUCGUGGUACUAA